AGGUGGUAGCGGCCGGAGCGGGUCUCCGGCGGUUGUCCCGGGCGCGGGGCGCAGCCAUGAGCGAGUCCAGUGCCAGUGCGCUCCCGCCCGGCAGGCGCAGCAGGCAGACCUUCAUCCACCCAGAGAACCUCUCUGUGGAUUCCAGUGGCUUUUCUUCUCCACCUGUUAAUUUCCUUCAAGAAUUGCCAAGCUAUCGGUCCAUUGCACGCAGGAGGACAACCAUUCUUUCCCGAGACAAGCAAAGUGGCACUUUGCUGAAGCCAACAGACUCUUACAGCUCCCAGCUGGAGGGAGGAAUCACUGAAAACUUCAAUAGCCAGUCGAUUCGGAAGUAUGCACUGAACAUCUCCGAGAAGCGGAGGCUAAGGAACAUUCAGGAGACCCAAAUGAAGUAUUUAUCUGAGUGGGACCAGUGGAAACGGUACAGCAGCAAGUCUUGGAAGAGGUUCAUAGGGAAGGCUCGUGAGAUGACCACCCACCUGGAGCUGUGGCGGGAGGACAUUCGCAGCAUAGAAGGGAAAUUUGGCACUGGGAUUCAGUCCUAUUUCUCCUUCUUGCGGUUUCUGGUGUUGCUGAAUUUGGUGAUAUUUCUGAUCAUCUUUAUGCUGGUUUUGCUCCCAGUUUUGCUCACCAAAUACAACAUCACCAACAGCACCUUCGUGCUCAUUCCGUCCGAAGACACAGAUGUUCAGUGCACCAUAUAUCCAAUAAGUAGCUCUGGACUCAUAUACUUUUAUAGUUAUGUCAUAGACUUGCUCUCUGGCACGGGUUUCUUGGAGGAGACCUGCCUCUUUUAUGGACAUUACACCAUUGAUGGAGUGAAAUUUCACAACUUCACCUAUGAUCUUCCCCUGGCUUAUUUAUUAAGCACAAUUGCCUACCUGGCCCUGAGCCUUCUUUGGAUAGUAAAAAGGUCGGUGGAAGGAUUCAAAAUCAACCUGAUCCGGAGUGAGGAGCACUUCCAAAGUUACUGCAACAAGAUCUUUGCCGGCUGGGACUUCUGCAUCACCAACCGCAGCAUGGCGGACCUGAAGCACAGUAGCCUGCGGUAUGAGCUCCGAGCAGAUCUCGAGGAAGAAAGAAUUCGGCAAAAGAUAGCAGAAAGGACAUCAGAAGAGACCAUACGGAUUUACUCUCUGAGACUGUUUUUGAACUGUAUUGUUCUGGCCGUUUUAGCCGCAUGCUUUUACGCAAUCUAUAGAGCGACAAUAUUCUCACAAGAGCACAUGAAAAAAGAAAUUGACAAGAUGGUUUUUGGAGAGAACCUUUUGAUAUUGUACCUGCCUUCUAUUGUGAUCACGCUGGCCAAUUUUAUCACCCCAAUGAUCUUUGCCAAGAUCAUCCACUAUGAGGAUUAUUCUCCAGGCUUUGAGAUCCGGCUGACAAUCCUUAGGUGUGUCUUUAUGCGGCUGGCUACCAUCUGUGUGCUGGUGUUCACCCUGGGCUCCAAGAUUACAUCCUGUGAUAACUACUCCUGUGAGCUGUGUGGCUACAACCAGAAACUCUACCCCUGCUGGGAGACCCAGGUUGGGCAGGAAAUGUACAAGCUGAUGAUCUUUGACCUCAUCAUCAUCUUGGCUGUGACGCUUUUUGUGGAUUUUCCCAGAAAGCUCCUGGUGACCUACUGUUCUUCUUGGAAGCUGAUUCAGUGCUGGGGACAACAGGAAUUUGCCAUUCCCGAUAACGUCCUGGGGAUCGUCUAUGGGCAGACCAUUUGCUGGAUUGGAGCUUUUUUCUCACCGCUUCUCCCUGCCAUUGCAACCUUGAAGUUCAUUAUCAUCUUUUAUGUGAAAGAGAUGAGUCUUCUUUAUACCUGCCGACCCUCCCCCAGGCAGUUCAGAGCCUCCAAUUCUAAUUUCUUCUUCUUGUUGGUGUUGUUGAUCGGGUUGUGUUUGGCCAUAAUACCUCUGACAAUCAGCAUGGCACGCAUCCCUUCCUCGAAAGCCUGUGGGCCAUUCACCAACUUCAACACCACGUGGGAGGUGGUCCCCAAGACAGUGAGCACCUUUCCCAGCUCUCUGCAGUCCCUGGUCUAUGGCGUCACAUCGGAAGCCUUCGCAGUGCCUUUCUUCAUGAUCAUCUGCCUCAUCAUGUUUUACUUCAUCGCCCUGGCCGGAGCGCACAAGCGGGUGGUGGUCCAGCUCCGAGAGCAGCUGUCCCUGGAAAGUCGUGACAAGCGUUACCUGAUCCAGAAACUAACAGAAGCCCAGAAGGAUGUGAAGAGCCGAGUGGAUGGGCGAUGAGGAACCUGCUCGUUAAGCUGAUCUUGUGACCAGCCGAGCCUACACAGUCCAGUCCACCUGGGUUUGGAGUGGAACUUGUAAAAUAUAUUUUUCUGGAGUUCAGGUCUUUCCUGAAGGCGGCUCCCUUUGUGUGGGUGCCGUGGCGGUGGUUUUGGUGACCGGCCCCUGUGGAAGGCUCUCGUGACUUAGAAAAAGCAGGCUGGUUUGAACCCAAGUGUUUGCCUAUAUAUAGACCAACAGCUUAGUGACUCUCCCCCAAAACUGACUUAUUAAGCCGUUUAAACUGUCAGGACAAAAACUGAGGAGGAGAGCCCUUUUAUAUUUUUCAAAAAGCUCAUUUGUGUGGUCUUUUAUGGUUCACUGUGGCGGUCACCCGGUUAUGAAGCUGGGCUCGUUCCUUUGCAACCAGGUUCUGGGGGUUUAGGCUGAGAAGUGUUCCUUCAGAAGUAGUAACCCUUUAGACUUAAAAUGAGACCUGAUUUUUUUUUUCCCCGUAAGGAGAAAUCCUCGAAUUGUGGGAUGAUUGGAACAGAGGGUGGCAACAUGGAGAGGAUAGGUAUGCGAUCCCCGCUACCUGGUAGAAAUAAUGAGAGAGAAAAGUCAUUCCUGCUUCAUCAGUAAGCCGUGUCUGAAGAGCCUGGAUGAAGCUUUAGGAAGAGAGGAAUGGCUGCCGGUCGAGGACCUUGACGUGUUAGCUCCCGGGGCAUUUUGCUACAGCCUUCGUGCUCAGGGGGAAACUGCCUCUAUGGUGCUGGGUCUGUCCUGGCCCUGGGUCAUCAAAACUAAGAGGCAAAGUUUGUCUUUCAAGUCUUCCAAAAUGCCAUUUCCCUCUCUGCACUGAGGUCCCCAUCUCUGAAGGACACGACACGCUUUGGAGCCAGGCUGGAAAGGGCAGGUGAGGACGUGCACAGAGGACAGGGUUUAUGUGCAGGAGCGCUGGAGGGCUGCGGGUCGCAGCCUCAGACCAGCCUGUGCCAGUGACCUGGGGUACACUGAAUGCUGGCAUCUUCAAGGCACAUAUCCAUUUUUUAAGGGCUCUUUUAUAUUUUACAAAAUACGCAGAGUAUUGCUUCAGGGUUUCCAUUACAGGAAAAAAAAAAGGUGCAGUAAAUACCUCAUCAUAAGCUUACCCAAAAUUGAUAGCUCUGAACCUUUGAAUAUAAGCCUAAAUUAUUGUUUCACAUAAUCAGUUCUCGUCUUAACGUCUUCAGGAUCUUUUCCAAAGUACUUAGUUUUGUAACAGACUGUGUGAGCCUUGCUUCUGUUGUUUUCCUUCCCUUCACUGGCUCAAAAGCUUUUCCUAGGGAGUAGCCUGGAGUUUAAAGUUGGCACAUGUUUUAGAAAGCUGUUGCUAACAGUAUUUCCCACCAUCACCCCUACCCUCCGUUACUCAAAAAUGAUUGAUUCCUUGCUCCGAGAAGCAAAGCAAGUUUGCCGUGGCACACACAUUUCUGUGUAUUUGCCCCUUUGCCUGAUCAUUUUCCGCCUCUUCCCCAAAGUUAGCAUUAACACUGGAUAUUUAUGUACCUGUGAGACCGAUGAGCUUUUCAAGCUAAUAACUAGUAUCAUGGAAUUUUGAGUAAUCAAAAGUUCACUCUGUCCUCACUUGAAAAAAAUCUAAUUGUUGGCAUUUUUGCCAAGCACACUUAUAGAGAUGUUUUUGCCUUCAUCAUGCUUCUGAGGACAGUCAAGAUGUGUGUGUGUGUGUGUGUGUGUGUAAAUGUGUGAGAUGGAAGCUCCGUUCUUUCCCUGUUCUAAAAUUGAUACGCAUUUAUGCUAAUAUCAUUGUUUUGGUUAAAUGCUGCUGGUUUGCAUACCUCUUACUUGAAUGUUUUUAUAUAUUUUGACAACUUUAAUAACUUCAAGUGAUGUCUGUGUAAUUGUUGAAGUGCAGGUCUAACAAAUGAGCCUUAUAACUACUGAUUAAACAGUAUCUUGAAAGUUUUAAAA